AUGCUCGCCACCCGCUCACUUGCACAAGAGGUCGCCGCUAGUGUUCCUCGAAACGCCGCUCGACGAGGACCCAAUAUGGUCAAGCACAACAUUGGUCUCAAACGAGCGACCCCGCCUCCCCACCUCCUCACACUCGCCGAUCUCUCCACCAAGCAGCUCACGAAUCUCCUUGCCAAUGCCGCUGCUCUAAAGUUCGUCUCCAAAUACAUUGACCCCAGGGCUAUUCCCAAGCAGUUGUCGUCUCGGACAGUCGCUCUUAUCUUCAACAAGAGGAGUACGCGAACUCGAGUCGCGAGUGAGACAUCCGUGGAGGCACUCGGUGGACAUCCCAUGUUUUUGGGGAAAGACGAUAUCCAGUUGGGUAUCAAUGAGAGCUUGCAGGACACUGCCCAAGUCGUGGGCAGCAUGACUGAUGGUAUCAUGGCUCGUGUCAAUGGCCAUGAAGAGAUUGAAACCCUUGCCAAGUACUCCCCCGUCCCUGUCGUCAAUGCCCUCUCAGAUCUCUACCACCCCACACAAAUCCUCGCCGACUUGCUCACCCUCCUCGAGCUGUACGCCCCCGUCCCCGCCCCCACCGACGCCGAUAUCACUACCGGCAAAACUUACACUUCCGUCCUCAAACACUUCCAAUCAAACAUUGACCCUAUCGCUACGUUGAAGGGUAAAAAGGUCGCUUGGGUCGGUGACACAAAUAACAUCACCAACGAGUUGCUUGUGACGCUUCCCAGGUUCGGUAUGGAGUUCAGCGUUGCUUCUCCCAAGGGCUAUGACAAGGUCGAUGACCGAGUUUGGUCUCGAGUCACCGACGCCAACACCCAGGGCCUUGUCACCCUCACCAAUGACCCCGCCGAAGCCCUGCACAAGGCCGAUAUCGUUGUGACCGACACUUGGAUCUCCAUGGGUCAAGAGGAGGAAAAGGUUGCCCGUCUUGAAGCCUUCAAGGGCUACCAAAUCACCAACAAGAUGGUUGCGGAUGCCGGAGCCAACGCCGACUGGAAGUUCAUGCACUGCUUGCCCAGGAAGCAGGAAGAGGUUGACGACGAGGUGUUCUAUGGAAACAAGAGUCUUGUCUUCCCUGAAGCUGAGAACAGGAAGUGGACCAUCAUGGCUGUGUUUGAGUGA